CGUAUAUUUAUUGACCAGAGAACGUCCAUUGAGAUCCCAUAUAGGCGAUCACAGCUUGGUGAAACGUACAAGGAGUUUUACCCAGCUUUCCGGGACUGCAGGUCUGUCCCUUAAACAUCCUUCGGAUAACGCAGAUCCAGGGGAACGUCCUUUGAUAGUACUGUAGCUCUACAAUGGAGAGCGUGAGAGUGACGAGACGAUUCAGGUAUACAAGCUCUCAUGAAUAUCUGCUGUGACUUGAUGCACAUCUCCUCAUACAUCACACUGCUAUUGAGUUCUGGUCAAGCAUGAGAUACAGCAACCUCUGCAUCCUUCUCGCCUCGCUCGGCAGUGUAGGAAUGGCUGCCGCCCUCGAUGGUCCAGUCGCUACCCCUGGAGGAGACGGUCCUGAACCCUCUCAUCUCCUUGGAGUCAGAGCGCCUGACGCUUCUACUCCUCAAUGUACGUUCGACUGCCUGGCAAAAGCCAAGUCCAAUCAGACCGUGUGCAAAGACGACGAUAGUGAAUGUAUUUGUGAAACGACUGCCGAUUUGUUGAAGGAAUGCCUAGGGUCAUCUUGCACACCCGAGCAGAUCCCAAAUGCCAAUGUAUACCUCCACUGGUACUGUGAAGGCGCCUGGACGAAGUAGACCGUCGAGCAGCUUCCUUCCUUCGGGGUCAUACAUGAUCUAGAGAUC